GCUGGUGACAGGAUGUGUUGCAAACAUUCUUUACGCGGAAGCCGUCACUUUUAUUCACUUUCAGUGAGCAGACACAGGCUCCAGAGUUCAUCUGUCUAAAAGGCUGAAGGCUCCGGGAUUCAGCCCCCACGUGUACGGACACCAUGAGGACGCUUUUACUCGGGAUAUUUAUUCUCUUUAAAGGAGCAAUUUGCACGUCUGAGUACAACUUUAACGAUGUGAUCAGACACUUUGCUGUGGGAAACGGUAAGGUGUUUGUUGUUACCGACUCUCAGCUCCACCAAAUGCGGCACGAUCUCGAAGUGGAGAAGAUUAAAGUCAUAUCAAACACCACGGACCAGAACGCAGUGAACAUCUUGUUGCCUUUCGAGGCGAACGGAACUCUGAUCACAUGCGGCACUUUGAACUGCGGACACUGCGAGGUCCUGGAUAUAAAUGAUAUAACACGAACUAUCUACAUGGAGAACUUGCCGGUUGGACCGCUUGUGAACGAAUCAUCCGUUGCGUUCCUUGUCGAUUAUCCAGGCGACAGUAAUGGCACAUACAUGUUGGUGGGGAGAGAGAAUAAUGAUGAAAAGAAAAUGUGUACCGAUGCCGGUGUGGUAUUGUACAACACUCUCUACACUCAGCAUGGUGAUAUUUUUUCUAAAUCAGACUCUGCUACAACUGAAGCCUACAUUAAGAUUCCUGGUGUUGAGUGGGUAAACGGUUUCCAGGUAUCUUCACAGUUUCAGUCCUACCUCUUCGCCAACAUUAAUUUAACCAGCAAAAUGAAAAAAGUGGUUUUCUUUAAGAUGGAUAACAACCAGAAAAAAACAGAAAUGACGAGAUCUCUGAAAGUUGCAACUUUACGCUGCUGUGAUGACCAACUUCGCCCAAAACUUGUGUCCUCUGCCUUUAUCUCGUCGGAGUCUUCUCUUUUAUGGAUGGGAAUAUUCACUGCAGAGCGUCCAGACCACCCUGAGAACACUGUGUUGGCUAUUUACAACAUUACUGCCAGCAGACCAGUGAAUCCUCCUGAAGAAAUCAGAUGCAGUCCAGACUGUCCCAGAUCAACACAGAAUAUCGAGGCUGUUGUAGAUCCCCUUGCUGUGGUAUUCAAACACAAUUCAAUGACAUCUGUGGCAGCGAAAAUUAAAGGGUCUUGGACUGUGCUGUACAUCGGAACUGCAAAUGGCCAACUGAUAAAGCUUGUACUGGACACAGAUUACAGGUCUGGCUGUGCAAAAGUACUAUACAGAUCUGAUGAUGACAGGAUGGUGUUUCCCAGAAUGUACUUUGACCCAGUGGAUCAUAAUUACAUCUACAUAGCUUUGAGAAAUCAGAUUAAACGUGUUGCAGUGACUCAGUGUGGUAUGUAUGGCACUUUAAGAGACUGCAUUGGCAGCAUGGACCCUUUCUGUGGAUGGUGUGGGGUCACAAAAAGAUGCUGUUUGCAGAAGGAGUGUACAGCACCAUCUUGGAUCUCCAUUGCUAAAGAUUCUUUUCAGAAAGAGCUGAUUUCCUUUCAGGUUAUUUCUUUGAUCCCUGGAGAGAUCAAUCUGACUGUAUACCUGCACCUGGAGGCCACAGAAAGUCUUCCUUUAACAUGUACAUUCAAGGCAGGAAGUGUGGAUCUGUGUACUAGCCCAGUUGCACACUUUCCCAGCUGCUCCUGCAAUUUCCCUGAAAAGGACCUGUCUUCUGAUAGACUCAAAGUCACAGUGACAGUCAAUAUUAGUGAUCAGAUCUUCACAGACAGCCUGACACUGAGGAGCUGCCCAAAUAUCACAGAGAAACACAAUCAGAUGCUCAGUGCACAGCCUGUGUCUCAGCUGGGUGUUAUUGGAACAACAGUGGCAUGAAGUGUACCUGGACUCCUAAAUCUGCACCAUAUGUACACAUACAGGACAUUUGCAAGCAGUCUUCCUCUGAGAAAAACAACAUGGAGGUACAAGAGCGGACGAGACCGCCGGAUAGUGAGAGUCGCACAUAUGGAGGACGCCGGCCUGGGAAAACCCCCGCCCCGCCUCGGGAAUCCCGCCUCCGCCACGAGUAGACUCCGCUGGCCGUCACGCCUCCACAAAACCCCGCACUCAUCCACUUAUAACCCAUUCACCUCACCCUAGCCACAAUAAACCACCGUUUGCGAACAUCCUUCUCUCUCCUGUGGGUCUGUACACUGCCCUUCCCCGGGCUAAUCCCUCACAAUAUAUAUAUAUCCUUCCCUCCUUCCCUCAGCCAGGGCAUUAAAAUGGGUCGUGGAUGGGUAUUCCAGCAUGACAAUGACCCAAAACACACGGCCAAGGCAACAAAGGAGUGGCUCAAGAAGAAGCACAUUAAGGUCCUGGAGUGGCCUAGCCAGUCUCCAGACCUUAAUCCCAUAGAAAAUCUGGAGGGAGCUGAAGGUUCGAGUUGCCAAACGUCAGCCUCGAAACCUUAAUGACUUGGAGAAGAUCUGCAAAGAGGAGUGGGACAAAAUCCCUCCUGAGAUGUGUGCAGACCUGGUGGCCAACUACAAGAAACGUCUGACCCCUGUGAUUGCCAACAAGGGUUUUUCCACCAAGUACUAAGUCAUGUUUUGCAGAGGGGUCAAAUACUUAUUUCCCUCAUUAAAAUGCAAAUCAAUUAAUAACAUUUUUGACAUGCGUUUUUCUGGAUUUUCUUGUUGUUAUUCUGUCUCUCACUGUUCAAAUAAAUCUACCAUUAAAAUUA